AUGAUGUCAACAAAAGAGAAGAAGUCGAAUCCUCCUAUCACCGGUUCUGGAAAACAAAAUACUUCCUUGAAUUUUCUGUGGGGGCCGACUGUAGCCGGAGUAAUAAUAGCGUAUUUGCUUUAUCACCGGGACUAUUUUCUUAGCAAUGAUCCGCCAAGGAAGUUAACACCAGAAGAAAAAGAGAUGUGGAAAGAAGCACUUGUUGAAGAGAGGGUUCAUUUCCACGAGAGAAUCUGCAGCCCAUCAUCUUCCACGUGUUUCAGAAUCCAAGAUAUUGCCUACACUAUAGACGAGAAACUUGUAAUUCAAAGAAACAUGAUGAUUGGAGACACACCGUACAGCUUCUCCGCAGCAUUUCUAACAGUUCCUACUGAUAUUGAUCAAUUUAAUAUGGACAUUAGUAAAUGGAAAAUAAAUAAAGGUGAUCUGGUGAGCUCAUAUGCAAAAGUGAUGGUUGCUUUUACAUUAGUUAUGGAGGGAUUAGCAUAUACUUCCUCUUCCAUCCAAGAUGUGCUGAUGAUCGGUCUUGGAGGUGGCGUUAUAUCAAACUUUCUGUCAACUGUAGAAAGUGCUGAGCUUAACAUCACCACAAUUGAGUUGGACCCUACAGUUCGUACUAUAGCAGCGAAGUGGUUCCACCACGAGGAGAAUGACAGAAACCGUGUACUAAUAGGUGAUGGAACUGUAUUUAUCAUGCAAGAAGCCGAGAAAGGGACGAAAUACAAAUCUAUAUUUUUGGAUGCAUGCUAUACCGUAUGCCCAGCGGCGGUGUUUUUGGAAGAAGACGUAGUCAAGGGCACCUCCCGUAUACUAGACGAUAAAGGUGUGCUCGCGAUAAAUGUCCUUACUGAAAUGGAUAAACGCAAGGAACAGUCGCAGCAUGUUUUUGAAUCCUACAAGCCACACUUUGCGUCCUGUUUCUUUUUUUAUGUCAAAUCACAACAGAUACUUCUUUGUUCGCAUCGAUACAACUGGACAUUGGACGAGCAGAACAGUCUUUUCAUGAAGAAACUAGAAGAAGUUGAUAGACAUUUCAAUUUUGGCUUCGCAUCAUGGACAUAA